AUGGCGGCCACGAUGGCGACUCCCGCGCACGACCUCUACCUGCAUAGUAAUGAACUGCGCCCUCAGCACUCGCGGGAAAAUUCAAGAGAUUCUGGAAUAUUCCACACGACAAAAGGACUUUGGAACGCCCCUGGUCAAAAUAAUUGCUUCUUGAAUAGUGCUGUUCAGGUGCUGUGGCAUCUUGACAUUUUUCGGCGCAGUUUCCGCGAGCUCACAGGCCACGCAUGCCUCGGACCAUCGUGCAUUUUUUGCGCUCUGAAGGAGUUAUUCGCGCAGUUACAAUGGUCGGCAGAGCGGGCGCCAGCAGCAGACAGUCUUCGCAGGGCCCUUGGUGGAGGAGGUGCCCGUUUUCAACUAGGAUGCAUGGCCGAUGCCAGCGAAUGUUUCGAGCACCUGCUACUUAGAGUACACGCUCAUGUGGCAGCUGGCACCGGUGACAAGAGAGACGAUGACGCCUGUAGAGCUCCACAUUGUGUGCCACACAGGAAAUUUGCUAUGAUGCUUGUAGAACAAUCGGUUUGCGGUGCUUGUCAAGCUACGUCCGAACCAUUGCCUUUUACUCAAAUGGUUCAUUAUGUAUCGGCAACAGCAUUGACCGCUCAAGCUGCUCUUGGAGAACAUGGCGAUAGCUUUGGUUUACUCUUAAAAAAAGCUGGAGGCAUGGGCGAUAUUCGAGAUUGUCCAAAUGCAUGUGGAGCUAAGAUUCAAAUCUGCCGAACACUAAUGAAUCGUCCAGAAGUUGUUUCAAUCGGAAUGGUUUGGGAUUCCGAUAGACCAGCGGCUGAACAUGUCGCAGCGGUAUACGCAGCGUUGGGCACCGAGUUACGACCGACAGAUGCUUUUCAUGCUUGCGUUGACCGUGCUUGGGCAGCUCGUGCCACGCAUCGUUUAGUUGGCUUAGUCACAUACUAUGGAAAACACUACUCUACCUUCUUUUUCCAUAGCAAGUUGCGAUUAUGGAUCUACUUUGAUGACGCAGAUGUUAAAGAAAUAGGACCUGAAUGGUCGCAAGUAGUCGAAAAGUGCAGAAGAGGUCGAUUUCAACCUCUGUUACUCUUGUAUGCCGCAGUUGACGGAACUCCGUGUGAUACACGACAUGCGCCAAAAGAUGUAGUGCCAUUUCCUGCACCAGAACCAAGAAGAGCUGUAACUCCUGCACCAGAGCGACCAAUAGCGGGCUAUGCUAGACGAGCCGUUACUCCUGGUCCAGAUAACGAUAGUGAUUACGUGAGUAGAAAAGCUGUCGAAAAUAUGUUAGAAGUUCAAGCUAGUCGGCGUGCCCAAUUGCCGAGAAGUUUGAGUACAAGCUCUACGUCGGAUACUCAGGAAAGACCUCGAGCACGCAGGGAUUCGGGAAACUGGAGUGGAGAUAGGAACAGUGCCUCUUCUGCUUCGUCUUCUACUGUUGAAAGUCCAUAUAUGUACUCAAGAGGUCGAGGACCUGGCAGUAUUCCUAGCAGUCCAACUCGAAAAGGAGAGUUGUCUAGUGGUGGAUCGUGUGAUGCAGGCUAUGACUCUUAUUCAUUAUCUUCUACUGACAGUCUUCCUCUGCAGCAAGGCUUACGUCAUAAUCUGCAACUAGCUCAAAUUCCAGAACUGACUACAAGAGGAGACUGCGAGGCACUUUGUUUAGAAGCUGAUAGAUUAUUAGAAAAAUCUCGUCACGCUGAAGAUGCUGCUGAUUAUGAAACUGCCCUUGUUCUAUGUGAUGCAGCCGCUUCAAAAGCUCGAGCUGCUAUGGAUGCACCAUAUAAUAAUCCACACACCAUGACAUUCGCUCGAAUGAAACACAAUACUUGCGUAAUGCGGGCUCGUAGUCUGCAACGUCGCAUAGCAGGAAUGAAUAGGGUCACUGAAAUUCCCCAAUCAGCUCCAAUUAGAAAUACUAGAGGUGGGCUCGAGACGUCUCCGACCACUAUUGAAAUUUAUGCCACAUUACCUAAAAAGAAAGGCUCUUCUAAAAAGUCACCUAAAAAUGUUGAAGACGAUAUAGAUAACCCUCCAAGAGAGCGGCCACCUAGGCACAAAUCUAGAGAAGAAGAUAAAGUUAGAGAAAAACGUUCAAGAAGCGAAGAUCGAGGUCGAGCUCGAAAGGAAAUGACGGUAGCUCCAGAGAAAAAAGAAGAACCUACAGAAGAUAAAAAGGCAAAUAAGAAACAGCAUAAAAUACGCAGAAAAUUGCUGAUGGGUGGCUUAAUAAGGCGAAAGAACCGUUCAAUGCCAGAUUUGACUGAAGGGGCUGAUGCUAAUAAUGAAUCAAAGACCAAGGAAUCGCGUGUUUCUUCUGUAGAUGAUGCUGAUGUUGGAAGAAGAAAAAGCGACGAUAAGACCAAUUUGAGUGGGUAUUUAUCUGAGGGGCAUUUAGAAUACUCCACCGCUAACGGCACAAAUCCUAAUUUAGAGCGAAGUAAAUUAAUGAGAAAGAGUUUCCACGGCAGCGCUGGUAAAAUGCUGACUGCAGCAAAAGUACCCCCACCUCCGCCACUGCGAACAACUUCUCAGCUUAGCGGGCCUAAGUUCGAACAAGAAGUGAUAGAGCACGGCGUUCAAACACGACCACAACAGCCAUUGCCGCACCCUACACAUGGCGAGUACACUUACGCUCAAGACAAUGAAGAAGAUGGUGGCUUUUCAGAACAGUUUGGCGAUGAGCCUCAAUCACUACCAUUUCUGCCUUCUUAUGAUGGAAAUCCUAUGAAUCAAUAUAAUAAUAAUAGGCUCGAUGACUCGCCUAAUACUUCUCAAAAUUUUCACACUGUUGUUACAAAAGCUAUGAUCCAUCAAGAACAAAGUCCAGUUAAAAAAGAUACAAUGUCAAAUAUCUUACCGUCGCACAACAAUAUUCAGAAUCUUGGUGAUGUAUUUGAUAAUGGUAUCGAUGUCGUCGAUUGCGUAAUGCCAAUGAGAAGAUCACCUCAAUUAUUUGAAUUGCCACCUUAUCCAAGUCCAAUGAACUCAGUAAAUCAUUCCAGACAACCAAGCGAGGAAUUUCCUCCACCGCCUCCACCAAUUGAUUUAACUCCAAUUCAAGACGAUUUAAUGAAAAUGCAAAUACAAAAUAUGACUGCGAAUUCCCAAGAAUCAAAUGGGCAAGAAAGUAGUGAUAUAGAAGUACCGAAAGGAUCUUUAUUAGCACAGUUACAGGAAAAAAGAAAUGAGAUUCUGAGAAAUGAAGAGUACUCCAAGAAGUUAAAACAGUUAGAAAAUAUUGGGACUCCUAGUGAUAAUUGGGUUCGAGAGUUGCAAGCUAAACAAGCGGCUCUUAAACUUAAAAGAUCUGGUUCGAUAGAAUGCCAAUUGACAAACAACAAUGAAAACAUGUCUCAAGUAUCUGACAGUAAAAAUACCAUCAGAGAUCUUGCUUCGAGGUUCGAAAAUAGUACACUAAAUAUAAAUAAUGAAAUUGAGCGCUCUCAACUUGCGUACACAGGUAUAAGUAGUAACAGAGAUGUAAUAAAUUGUUCAAAUCAAUCCCACAAUCGAAUUUAUAAUCGACGCACAUCAUCUUCUUCCUUAGACGCGAAACAAAUUGACGAACAGUAUGACGAUCAGAAAAUGACUAACAGUAACAUUUACGGUGACCGCUCAAAACCAAAAAAGAAGUCUGUUUCUUUUUGUGAUCAAGUCAUAUUAGUUGCGACGGCAGAAGAUCAAGAGGAAGAUAGUUAUAUUCCUAAUCCAAUUUUAGAAAGAGUCUUAAAGUCUGCUUUGAAUAGAACAGAACUUAUAACGGUUCCUCUUCAGUCCGAUAAACCUUCUCUUCAAAGAACUGAAUCUUUCGACAGCCAAUCAUCGAGAUCUACUAUUUCGAUUUCAACAUCUCAAGCAUCAUAUGCUGCUAAUGACGGUGUGCAUGCAGAUUAUUAUAGAGUUCAGAAUUCAUACCCAUCUUAUCAAAUAGCUCAGACACGGCCACAACAGCAAUACAAUCCUCAAAUAAGCACUUCUAUACAUGGAAGUAACUCGCCGAUAUUGGCUAAUUCCAACCUGAGCCACCAAAGUAAUAAUCAAAUUUAUCAAGCACUUCCAGCUAAUUCUGCACAAAAUGAUAACAAUCAAAUACCAUACACUCAACCUCCGUCAGUGUAUAGUAGUCAUCAAAGCAAUGCAAACCCACCAAAUUUUAGUCAAAACCCUGCUAAUAGACUUACACCUACAUCGCAUAACGCUACUUAUGUUACUAAACAUGUACCAAACCUUCAAAGAACGGUUCCGAAUACUUAUCCUCAUCCUCCAAGUCAUCUACAUCAAAUUAAUCAAGGUCAAAGUAACAGCUACUAUUACAAAUUACCGAUGAUAACGACAGGUCAAGCUUUACCAGGAACCACAUAUAGUGCAAAUCGUCAAUAUAAUAAGACCACACCGAAUAAUAUUAAUAAUAAUUCACCAUAUCAAAGUGUUCCCACCAAUUCACCAGCUUAUCAGAGCUAUCACAACCCACCGACAAGUUACGCUAACUCUGAUUAUUCUAGUCGAUAUUCCCAAGUGAAUAAUACAACUAACUAUAACAACAACCAUUCAGCAUACCAAAGGGUUCCACCGCCACAUGGUGACGUACCCGUCGAUGACUAUAAUGGAAAUUAUCAGAAAAUGUCUAAUAACUGUUAUCUUGAUAAUAAUGUAAACAAUCAAAACCGUUCAAUAGAUGGGAGACAUUAUGCAAAUACUCAACAACGUUCUCCUUUAUAUAAUUCAACUACUAGUUCAGAUGAUAUUGCUAAUAAUGAGCAAUAUCAAUAUUCUCAAAAUGGUUACAACCCUUAUCAACAUGUACCCUUGCCAAAGCAAAUUCAAAAGAAAUCUGUAUCUUUUGAGCCGGGAACAAAGGGUGGAACGGAAUCACCUAUACCACCGGCGGCAUUGAAUGGCAAUUAUUCUAAUGAAAAUCAGACAUCCGUUUUAUCAAAUGCCCAAAAAUCGCCGUGUAAUUUAUGCCGCAAGAAAACAGUCAUGCAUCCGGCAAGCUAUUGCCCUGAUUGCGAUUUCUAUAUGUCACGAUUUAAGCCCCGUUCAUAGCGAAAAUAUGAUUAACAGCCUGUUAAAUAGUUCUUACUAAAAAAAUAAUCACACGUAAGAUAUCGCCACCUAUUUAAAAAAUAUUUAGAUUAGUUAUUAUAAACAUUGUACAUUGUAUUAUUGUAAGUUAAGACUGAUCUCAUUUGAGAAUAAAAUGGUUUAUAUAAUAUUAAAUAAAUUGAACACGAUUAAUUUUA